AUGUCUAAUCUUCCAACAGUUGAACAUGUGAAGGCAUGGUGUCAAGAGGACGUUAAAGCAUUUUUACAAAACAACAAAACUCGAUUAGACCUUGAAGACAGAGAUAUCGAAAUAUUAUAUAAUCAGUGGGUUAAGGGAAGCAACUUCUUUGAUUUUACUGCAACGGAUUUUGAGAGAUGGGGAAUACCAGGUGGACCGGCUAAAGAAAUCGAGAAGCUGGUUAAUAAAAUUCAAGGAG